UCUUUUCUCUGUCUCUUACAGAGUCUUUGGGAAAACCAGUUAACUUCACAUUGGACUUGGACAUGGAAGCUCAUCUGGAAGAUGCAGAGUCAUCUGAUGGCCCAAGUAGUUCUGUAGGCAGUGCAGCCAGACACACACCUGUGGAAGAUGACGAUGUUGUGUUCGUUGAGUCAGUACAGCCUGCAGUUUGUGCUCCAGCAGUAUCUAAUGAAAGAAACCUUAUAUUUACAUCUUCAAAACAUGAAAAUCCACGAGGAAAUUAUUCCACAGUUCCCCCUUCCUCGAGAGAUUUGACUUCUCACAAGGGAAAUAUAUGUGAAACAAUCAUAAUUGAUGAUGAAGGGGACACAGAAACAAAUGGAGGGGAGGAGAGAAAUCCUACCAACUUUAUUGAAUGGGGACCUCAUGGAAAUAAAAAUAGUACCAAAACUGUGGAUUUCCCCAUUGCCAGUCUAUCAAGAAGCAAGACCAAGACUGCAGUAGGACCUUUUAAUCCGGGUAGGAUUGACAUCACAGAUGAAUUUCACAAUGGAAGAUUUGCAGUUCAUCCCAAUCCUGAUUCUUGUAUCUCCCAAUCAGCAUCAUUUCCCCGUAACCAGAAACAACAAGGGGCGGAUUCUUUAUCACCAGUGGCCUCACUUCCUAAACAGAAUUUCCAGCCCUCAAACCAACAUCUUACUAAACCUGCUAAUAAAAUUAUUUGUGCAAACUGCAAAAAUCCUUUACAGAAGGGGCAGACAGCUUAUCAACGAAAAGGAUCAGCUCACCUCUUCUGUUCAACCACCUGCCUUUCUUCUUUCUCUCAUAAGCGCACUCGAAAGACACGCAGUGCAAUGUGUAAAAAAGAUUCUCCUGUGAAAACCACAACUAUUGUUCCUCCAGUGGAGUCAAGCAAGUCCUUACGAGAAUUUCAUAGUGCAUCUCCGUCUCCCUAUGAAAACUGCCAGAGUCUUAGGAAAGAAGUUUUUACUAAGUCAAGAUGUAUAAUCUGUAAUAAAUUAGGAGAGGUUCGCCAUGAAAUCAGUGUUAACAGUAUAACACAUAAACUGUGUAGUAACAGUUGCUUUAAUGAAUACAGAUUGACCAAUGGUCUCAUAAUGAACUGCUGUGAACAAUGUAGCAAAUAUAUGCCCAAGAGUACUGGACACAGCAUUCUGAUUACAGGACAGCAAAAGAGAUUCUGCUGCCUGAGUUGUGCUGACGAAUAUAAAGAGAUAAUGGAAGCAAAAUCAAAAAUACUGCUUUUACAAAACAGAAAAAGGAAUGCCAUCAGAGAAGAAAAUGAAAAAAAAUUAUAUGAAUCAUCAAAUACACUUUCAGGAAAUACAGGAGAAAUACCAGAAAAAAAGGAAAAGAUUUCAGAAAUAAUAAAAGUUGGAGCAGACUGUAGCCUAGAUACAUCAUCAGAGAAACGGAAUGUGAAUUUACCUUGUUCUGUGGCAGCAGUAUCUGAUAAAUUUCAAGAGAAACUAGGAGACAAAAAUUCAGAGGAAUUUGAUGCGUCUGUUGUACUUUCUAUGGAUCCAGGUUCAUGGCCCCGAAUUUUGAAUAUGAAACAACGUGAAUUUCUUGUCAAAACAGAGCCACCUCAAGUAAGAAAUUUUAAUUUUCCAAAAGACAGUAUAGGCAAGAAGUUUUCAGAAACAUACUACACACAGAUUCUUCCAAAUGGUGAGAAGACCACCAGAUCCUGGCUACUCUAUUCAGUCUCUAAAGAUUCUGUGUUUUGCCUAUAUUGCAGACUCUUUGGGGAAGGAAAAAAUCAACUGAGAAAUGAGAAUGGGUGCAAAGAUUGGCACCAUUUGUCACAUAUUCUUAGUAAACAUGAAGAAAGUGAAAUGCACAUCAACAAUAGUGUUAAAUAUUCAAAAUUUAAAUCUAACUUGCAAAAUAAAACCAACGAAGCUACAGAAGGUGGGGAAAAUAUUGUGCAACUGUUGUACAUAUAACGCCCUGUCUGUUCUAUAUAUAUGACAGUGUGUGCAUUACCCAGACACUGUCAUCAAAAGUUUUGUGCCCGGAACCAGUACCAUACACUGUGUAAGAGGAACAGGAGUUCAUUAGCAAUAUGUCUAAUAGCAAAUAAAUAGUGAAAACUGUUCUUGUUCUAAAUCUAAAUGCAUUCUUGUAGAUCUUAGCAAAGGCAGUUUGAGCUUUGUCACUCUGAGGGUUCUCACCUUGUUAAGUGUUCUUGGAGGACUUCCACUUAAUGGCCUAAGAGCAAGAAAAGGCAAGAUGCAUCCGUAACAAGCUAAAGAAACUAUAUUCAGGCCACAAGGAGGUUGGUGCACACCUUCAGUCUCAGCACUCAGAUACAGAUGGUUGGAUGUCUGUGAGUACCUAGGCCAGCCUGGUCUACAGAGCAAGUGCCAGGACAGCCAAGGCACACAAAAACCCUGUCUUGAAAAACCAAAAAGAAGGGAAAAAAGAAAAUGCAUUCAAACAGCUUAAGAAGCUAUGGCUGUUUCUAUUAAACCAAAUUCUUGAGUUUCAUUUCUUUAAAACAUUUUUUUUUAUUUGAGCAAAACAGUUGUGAUAAAUAGAGGUAAUUUGUGUUUUACUGAUUUUAUAUUUUUGUUUUCAUUUUAAUGUGUAAAUGUUUUAGUCGUUAUGAGAAUUAUAAAGAAUAGCUAUUAUGUUAGUAUAAAGAAACUUUAAAAUAUAUGUAUAUGUGUAUAUACAUAUGUAUGUAUAUAUUGUUAACUUUUCAGUGUUAUAGUUAAUUUUUCCUGUGAAAGUAUACUCCAUGUGUGAAAUUUGAGAAAUUAUGAAUCUAAAAAAUUUUUUCUUCAGACUUAAUUCAUUUUUGUUUUCUUGUAUAAAAGCUCUUAUGUGGAACUGGGAAUGGUGGUACUCAGGAGGCAGAGGCAGAUUGAUCUCUGAAAUCAAUGCUAGCCUGGUCUACAGAGUGAGUUUCAGGACAACUGGGUCUGCAUAUCUCAAAAAACAAACACACAAAAGAGACAAAGAAAAAAUUUGUUUGGUAACUACAACUGGAUCUGGGUCUUCUGGAUGAAGAUUCUGUUGUGGGUUUUCACAAGAUUGUCCGUGAAUUCCUGGGAAGGAAACUUGGUGAAGAGUCUCUUUCCAGAGGCUGGGGGCCAAGUAGCAGUAGGUCUUAGGGUGGCCUCAACACAGUUGCCAAGGAUGGCAGCACAGUCCCUGGCUGAUGGGUAGCAGUCAUCAGUACUGGCUGGCCAUCAACAGUAGCUUCUUGGGCCAGUGUCUUUGGGGCAGGGACAAGAUUCACUGACACAGGCACAGUUGCCUGUUCCCUUGCAUAGAGCUGUGGCACUUACCAAGCUUGUUUCUCCAGUAGCCUCUCCAUACAGGGAGAGUGGAAAGCUUAGCCAAGAUGAUGGUGGUCUCUUGAAUGGCAGUGGCUAACUCCUUGGAGCACCUAACACCAAGACUACUAUGACCAUUGUAGUCCCCAGAAGCAACAAAAGCCUUUACCUGGACAGAUGGCCAGCCCCUGCUCCUGCACUGGCAUGGUCUUGAGAGGCUCAUCUUUCAGGGAUGUACUCAGGAAAAACUCAAUGAUCUCAGAAUCCCUAGUGGGCAGGAAGAACAAACAGGUCUCUUCUAGGGACUUGAUCUUCAUGUCCUUGACUAGGCAUUCCAGCUUCUCCCUGUCCUACCUCCAAGCCAUGAACACUACUGCAACUCCCUGGGCCACCAGGCCCUCAAGAUUCAUUGGCCACUUGGCAUUUUCACAAAGAAGCAAAUCUAAUGUUUGAUGACCAUCUAUGGUCCUGAUUGUGAAUUUGAUAGUUGUGUUUUUUGUUUCUGAUUUCUGAUGUUAAUUUUAUCAUCUAUUAAAUCUUUAGGGAUAUGUGAGAUUUACUUGCAAAACAGUGUCAUUAUCAAUGAGGAGAUGCUUCCUCCUGUGUGGGAGCACUUGAGGGUCAGUCCUGUUCUCUAGAAUACCCACUAAACCAUUCUAGGUAUGUUAUUCCUUUCCAGGCAGAGGAUAUAGUUUGGCUAGUAGAAUGCUUGCUUUAGCACACAAAAAAAGUGUGGGUUUGAUCUGCAGACUUCAUUAGCCAUGUGGCAGCAGGCAUGUAAGCUUUAUCACUUGGGUGUUAGAAGCAAACAGCACAUGCCAAGCCACCCUGUCUCCAGAAGAAAGUGGCUUUCAAUCAUUCUGGCUUGGAUCUAAGACACGGUGGCUGUCAGCUGUAAUCCCUGCACUGAGGAAGGUAAAGCAGGAGGAGUGCUAAUAAUUCAAGGCCAACCUGGGGUGCGUAGUGAGUCCCAGGCCAGCAUAAGCUAUAGUGUGCUAUGCUCAUAAGAUAGAAAUUGGCUAAUUUUAAUGUAAAUACAGCUUUUUGAUGUCUCCAAAAUGUCACUUUACACUCAGGUCUGAGGAUACUUUAGAGAAUAUGACACUUAGUUUUAUGGAUAGGAGUGUUUUGCCUAUAUGUAAAAUGUACCAUGGUUACCUGGUGCCUGCAGAGGCUAGAAGAGGUGGUCACAUCUGGAACAGAAGUCACAGAUGUUUGUUAGCUGCCAUUUGAGUGCUAGGAACGAAGCCUGGAUUCUCUGUGGUUUGAAUGUUCAUAGUUCUCUUUGCUGUCUUGAUUUGGCGUUGUGCUGAGAACAUCAAUGUGCAAAUAACAUUGUUCUGCUGUCGGAGUGAUCCUCUCCACUAUCCACAUAUUUAUUGUUGAGUUACUUCCCAGGGCAGGGCUGCUCUAUUACUUGAAUAAAAAAGUAUAUAUAGCAUGAUAAUACUCAGUUUAUGACUGACAUUCAGACAGGUGGUAGGAAGUUGACUCAUUUGAGUAUUCUGCCUCUUGGGAAUCAGUAUCAUGUAUACCAAUUUCAACUGGAAAUAAAAAUUGGGUCCAAGUCC